AUGCUGUCAGAUCAGAUAGGUGUCAGUCAGCUGUGGGGUUAGUUUCUGUUCCAGAAAUACAAACUAUGAAAACCCACUUGGCAAUUAUGUUUUAUAUAGCUGUUGUACUGUUUUAGAUGAGAGCUUGCAGGUAAACAGAGCACUCUACCCUUCACUGGAUCCUGUGCAUAUGCCAAUAAACUGUUAUUUGAUUUGCCUUAGGCUAUAUUAUUUCCUUUCAUUGUAAUCUCUUUCUACAGUAUGCCAUCAAGAUAAGCACAGCAAAUGCAUUUAAAUACACGAUAAAGUAGACACCACCAGAGCACAGCCAUCACUGACUAUGGGUACGUCCCAAAUGGCACCCUAUUCCCUAUAUAGUGCACUACUUUUUACCAGAGCUAUAUGAGCCCUGUUCAAAAGUAGUGCACUAUAAAGGGAAUAGGGUGCCAUUUGGAAUGCUGGCUAUGUGCUUCCCUGUCCCCUCAGGUGUUUGGUCUGCUGGUAUGGAUGCUGAUAGCGGGGACAAACUACUUCCGUGUGUCUGCCUUUGGGUGGGUCAUGUUUGUGGCCAUCUUGUACUGGGUCCUGACAGUCAUCUUCCUCAUUAUCUACCUGACCAUGGCUUACAACAGGAUCCCUCAGGUCCCCUGGACAACUGUGGUACGACACAUACUACGACACAUAAUACAACAGCACAUUAUCUGACCAACUUGAAACUUGAGUGAUUGGGGUUGUUUAUUAUAUAUCUAGUGAAUAAUUGUGGACUAUUUAUGUAACUCAAAAGCAAUGGAGUGAACUGCCUGGAUGGUUUUGGGAAAGAGAGGAUUUUUGUGUGCUCCUGACCAUGUCUUUAUGAAUGUGAUCAAAUGAAGCCAUUCUAUAAUGUGUAUAACAGUAGUGCUACAGUGAUGUAUGUGGUGUUCUACAGGGCCUGUUCUUCAACAGUAGUGCUACAGUGAUGUAUGUGGUGUUCUGCAGGGCCUGUUCUUCAACAGUAGUGCUACAGUGAUGUAUGUGGUGUUCUAUAGGGCCUGUUCUUCAACAGUAGUGCUACAGUGAUGUAUGUGGUGUUCUGCAGGACCUGUUCUUCAACAGUAGUGCUACAGUGAUGUAUGUGGUGUUCUACAGGGCCUGUUUUUCAACAGUAGUGCUACAGUGAUGUAUGUGGUGUUCUACAGGACCUGUUCUUCAACAAUAGUGCUACAGUGAUGUAUGCGGUGUUCUACGGGGCCUGUUCUUCAACAGUAGUGCUACAGUGAUGUAUGUGGUGUUCUACGGGGCCUGUUCUUCAACAGUAGUGCUACAGUGAUGUAUGUGGUGUUCUACGGGGCCUGUACUUCAACAGUAGUGCUACAGUGAUGAAUGUGGUGUUCUACAGGGCCUGUUCUUCAACAGUAGUGCUACAGUGAUGUAUGUGGUGUUCCACAGGACCUGUUCUUCAACAGUAGUGCUACAGUGAUGUAUGUGGUGUUCCACAGGGCCUGUUCUUCAACAGUAGUGCUACAGUGAUGUAUGUGGUGUUCCACAGGGCCUGUUCUUCAACAGUAGUGCUACAGUGAUGUAUGUGGUGUUCCACAGGGUCUGUUCUUCAACAGUAGUGCUACAGUGAUGUAUGUGGUGUUCUACAGGGCCUGUUCUUCAACAGUAGUGCUAUAGUGAUGUAUGUGGUGUUCUACAGGGCCUGUUCUUCAACAGUAGUGCUACAGUGAUGUAUGUGGUGUUCUACAGGGCCUGUUCUUCAACAGUAGUGCUACAGUGAUGUAUGUGGUGUUCUAUAGGGCUUGUUCUUCAACAGUAGUGCUACAGUGAUGUAUGUGGUGUUCUACAGGGCCUGUUCUUCAACAGUAGUGCUACAGUGAUGUGUGUGGUGUUCCACAGGGCCUGUACUUCAACAGUAGUGCUACAGUGAUGUAUGUGGUGUUCCACAGGGCCUGUUCUUCAACAGUAGUGCUACAGUGAUGUAUGUGGUGUUCUACAGGGCCUGUUCUUCAACAGUAGUGCUACAGUGAUGUAUGUGGUGGCAGCAGCAGUGGAUGCAGCCUCAAUCAGCCAUGCUGUUAAAGGGCGCCAUAACUACAACUGCUGGGUAGCAUCCACG